AAAAGUGUAGUGGUUCGGGUCCGACCCGUUAAGGGCUCAAAUCCGAAUCCGCAAAGUUCCUAAAAAGAAGGCGGGCUUUUGGACCUUUUCCGAAUAUGCGAAGAAUAUUCCGUUGAGAAUGAAUCCCCGGAGUAUAUAAAUUAUAUAUAAAGAGUGGAAGACGAGGGCAGCAAAGUCCAUGCAAUGCUCCUUCUUCUCCUUCCCCACCUCCCACUGUAAAUCCAUGGCCAGCGUGUGAUUUCGGUUCCUGUUGCUUUUGUUGAUGGUCAUCUAAGCGGAGGAGUGAGGAGCUCUACUGGUUUGUUGAUUUAAGUAACCUCAAGAUGGUUAAUUUUGGGAAAAGGUUGAUGCAAGAUCAAGUCCAAGAAUGGAAAGAAUACUAUAUUAAUUAUAAGCUAAUGAAGAAGAGAGUAAAGCUGUAUGUUCAACAGACUCAGGUGGAUGGAAAAGAUCAUCAGCAAGUGCUCAAAGAAUUUUCCAGGAUUCUCGAUGAACAGAUAGAGAAGAUUGUUCUUUUCAUGCUAGAACAACAAGGACUUCUUGCAAUUAGGCUGGAGAAAUUGGGGGAAGUGCACGGAAUUCUUUUAGAGCAACGAGAUAUUUCCAGAACAUAUGAACUCCAAGAAGCUUAUAGAGCCGUGGGGCAUGAUCUAGUGAAACUUCUUAAGUUCGUUGACUUAAAUGCCACUGGAAUUCGUAAGAUAUUGAAGAAGUUUGAUAAACGGUUUGGUUACAAAUUUACUAACUACUAUGUUUCUACUCGGUCAAACCAUCCUUAUUCGCAACUGCAAGGGAUCUUCAAGCAUGUGGCAAUAGGAGCUGUUGUUGGAGCCUUAUCUCGCAAUCUUGCACUUCUUCAAGAUCAUCAAGGAAGCCAAUUAUCCAUUUAUGAUCAACCAUCUGUUAUUCUAAAGGACCCUGUCAUUGACUUGAUAAAUGCAUCAGUAGAUAAGCUAACACAUUCCACAAGUUUCCUUCAUUUUCUUGGACAACAUGCUCUAAUUGUCCAAGAAGACAUACCUUGUGCAACUGAUGAUCAUGAUGAUGAUCAAAGAUACCAUUUUAUGUCUCUCCUCUUAAACUUAGCAAACACUUUCUUAUACAUGGUGAACACAUACAUUGUUGUUCCAACAGCAGAUGAUUACUCAUUGAGCCUUGGAGCUGCUGCAACUGUUUGUGGUGUGAUUAUUGGAUCAAUGGCUGUUGCUCAAGUUUUCUCUUCGGUUUACUUCAGUGCAUGGUCAAACAAGUCAUACUUCAAACCUCUGAUAUUCAGCAGUAUUAUGCUUCUGUUGGGCAAUUUGUUAUAUGCUUUGGCUUAUGAUCUUAGUUCAAUUGCAGUUCUGAUCAUCGGUCGUCUUCUAUGUGGGUUAGGCUCUGCAAGGGCUGUAAACCGUCGAUAUAUCAGUGACUGUGUACCGCUGAAACUUCGAAUGAAGGCUUCUGCCGGUUUUGUUAGUGCCAGUGCUCUUGGAAUGGCUUGUGGUCCUGCUCUUGCAGGCUUACUUCAAAUUAAAUUUAAGAUUUACUAUUUGACAUUCAACAAGAACACUUUACCAGGGUGGGUUAUGGCUGUUGCUUGGCUAAUAUACCUAAUUUGGCUGUGGAUUUCAUUCAAAGAACCAGUUCAUGACUUUGAAGAGAAUCAUUUUCCUCAGGAUUCAGGUGUUGUCGAACAAUCAGAGCAUGGUAUUGUACAACCUCUGCUGAUUUCAGAAGCGAAAGAUGAUGAAGAAGGUGAACGGGAUUAUGAUGAGAGUGAAGAAGCUUCAGUCAAGUGCCAUGAACCUGCAAGUUCAAUUUCUUCAGCUUACAGGCUGCUCACACCCUCUGUAAAGGUUCAACUGUUGAUAUAUUUCAUGCUUAAAUAUGCAAUGGAAAUCUUGCUUGCUGAAUCGAGUGUCAUAACAACAUUCUACUUCAGUUGGCCCACCAGCUCAGUUGCAAUAUUUCUAGCAGUCCUUGGUCUUACUGUUCUUCCAGUUAAUGCCAUUGUAGGAAGCUACCUGACCAAUAUCUUUGAAGACAGGCAAAUAUUAUUAGCUUCAGAAAUCAUGUUAUUAGUUGGUGUAAUUCUAAGCUUCAGAGUGACAGGCCCAUACUCUGUUUCACAAUACAUAUCUUCUGCACUCAUAACAUUUGUAUCUGCUGAAGUUCUUGAAGGGGUGAAUCUCUCUCUUCUUUCGCGUGUAAUGUCGUCACGACUAGCUCGAGGAACCUUCAAUGGUGGAUUAUUAUCGACCGAAGCCGGGACCAUGGCUCGAGUAGUAGCAGAUGGAACUAUAACAAUGGUUGGCUACUUGGGAGAAGAAAAACUCCUCAAUCUUACCUUGCUUCCCUCCCUGUUUAUUUGCAUUGCUUCCAUUGCUGCUACCUUGCUUACAUUCAACACUCUCUUUUAAGAUGUACAGUAAAAAUACAAAUCACACUGUUCUGUAUGUAUAUAUAUAUAUAUUUUUCU